UAUAUGGAGACAUACUCAGCUAUAUGUAACACGCUUUAAGCCGCAUACACACGUACGUACAUCAAAGAACAUAUUACACAAUUUGUUCCGCAUCUUAUUUUGCAAUCAUCCUAACACCUCACAUCCACAGAGCACCCUUAUCUCUGACAACACGUACCAUAUACUUACACAGACCACCUUCUACAUACCCGGCUGCAAACCACUACCACUACCACCGCAACCGCAUCCACCUCUCCAAACAAAAAGCAUCCACCCACCUUCUUCAAAAUCAGUCACACCAUUACCCCCAAAACUACAAAAGUAACACCCAGGUACCAAAACCCAACUCUAUACCCCGACCCCCGCCCUUAAUUUUAUCCGAGCCACCCAAAUGAUCAAACGUAACACGUCUCUGUUCUUACUCCCCCUCAGCACCAAACAGAUCCCGUUCACCGUACCCCCACAUGGCACCCCCCAGGUGUCGCGUCGAUCGAGCAGAUCGCUCGGAGAGGAGCACCCAGCUGGCUACGGAUCCGAGCCUUCGUCUCCGGCGUUGAAACGUCCCUCGGUGGAGAUACCUGGUGCCUAUGAACUUGGGGCUAUAGACCCAAGUCUUUAUAAAAUUGUUGAUGAAGAUGAAGAUUACGACAUGUCUGACGACCAUAUCGGUCGAUUGUGGUUUACGGUGGAGUACGAACGGGAAACGGAAAAACUGCUCGUCACACUAAUAAAAGCGAAAAACUUACCCAGCCGUACAAUGAGUAGUUCAAACGGAUGCGACCCCUUCGUCAGGAUCUACUUAAUGCCUGACGAACGGCGCUAUUUACAGUCAAAACUGAGAAAAAAAACCUGUAACCCCAAAUUUGAAGAAAGCUACAUAUUCCAGGUAUCGCACAAAUCCUUUGACGAUCGAAUUCUGAAGUUCACCAUGUUUGAUGUGGAUCGUCACCGACGUCAUAAUGUAAUUGGACACGCAUUGUUCCCGCUCAAAGAAUAUGAUUGCGAGAAUAACGAGAGAAUGGUUAUUUGGCGGGAUCUCGAGAAAGAAGUGUCAGAGUCCACCUCCGACAAAGGGGAAAUAUUUAUUGCCUUGUCUUACAACAGCCAUUUGGAGCGCCUUACCACUGCUAUAUUUGAGGCAAGAGACCUGAAGAAAACAGACGGUAACACCAACGUUGGAAUGGAUUCCUAUGUGAAAGUGUGUCUCUUAAUUCAGAACAAGAUUGUCAAAUCGAAAAAAACUGCGAUUGUGAAGCGAACCAUCGACCCGAACUUUAGCGAGUCUUUCACUUUUAAGCUCUCUUCAUCGUCACUUGAUACGGCAAGCAUAAGUGUUAGCACUAUGCAACAUUUCACCGGUGCUAAAGACAAAAUGAUCGGCCGAGUGGUCCUUGGAUCUUUCAUGUUCGCUCGUGGUCGGGAGCUGGAACACUGGAAUGAAAUGUUGAGCAGUCAACGGGAUCAAAUCAGUUACUGGCACUCCCUCACCUAAGAAUCAACCUCUCCUUCAAUGAUACGAAUUACUGUAAUAGAGUUUAAUGUAUGUGCAUAUAUACAUAAUACAUACAUACAUACAUACAUACGCACACAAAUAUAAAUAUUCAUAUUUAUAUGU